AUGGCCACACAAGAAGAUAACUCGUUUCAGAACGAUCGACGCCAUUCAAAUACAUCUAGAAAUAGGUUUGGUUGGGUCAGGCGAUUAAUGCAAGGGCAGAAUAGAACGGCACCUAACUCACACGAUCAACACGGUUCAAAUUUACUAUCGCAGCAACACCCCCAAAGACACAAGCGUCCAUCAGGAGGUAAUACGGAAAACGCACGCGAUCCAACAAGGAGACAUUCUUCUAGCGGUAGAGCCAGACGCAAUUCGGAGCCUUUGAUAAGGAAUGAUGCAGACAGAGAUUUGACGCAUAGUGGUGACGAAGGUGAGGACUUUAAUACCACUCUUCGCUUUGAUGAGAAUGAUCACAUACACCGCAGCUCAUUUCAAGGCAGCUAUGAUGACCAAGACCGCGAUGGGAACUACAACGAUAGUGAUCAACACACAAACAACAGUGAAGACAAUAUAAGUACUAUCCCGUUGAAAUCAAUAGUGUCAAGGCAGUCAACUAAAAACCCAUCCAUUUUGAGCACAGAUAUGAAUAAUGACCACCUGUCUCUCAUUGCUUCAACAGCGGAGACCUCGCUAGCUCCUAGUGUUCAUACAUCAGCCAACAAUUAUAUCACGACAGCUCAUCACCAACAAAAUAACCAAAACAACCUCAAUACGACCACUGUUGAUGAAGACGGUGUUGAAACUGGCCCCAGUGCAACCGCAACCCCAGUCACUCUCAAUACAUCAAACUCAGCUAGUGCAAGCCAGAUUCUAUCCAAUGCAGCCCAAGAAGGUGACAAUGAGUCGAUUGUUACACUCGCUAGCUCAUCAAGAAGAAGGCGGAGGAGAAGUAUUGACACCAAUUGCAGUACCAAUGCUAUUCCACCGGCAUCGAUCAUGGAGAGGUUGAGUGUACAACCCACAGCAGCGAAUAGCAUAUACGCAAAUAGUAUCAGAACUGGAAACUACGAUAGAAGCAGUCAGUUGUCACAUAAUGAUGAUCAGGGUAGCUCAGUUAAAAGUUUCAACUGA